AUGAUCCCACUUCUUGGGAAGAAUCUUCGUCGCGAAGGAGGCACUACACAUCUCCCCAAGGAUCGUGUCGAUGCACUUGACAAAGAUUCGCAGCCUUUCCCCCUCCGCUACGGUGGUCAAAGAAAACAAAAUAAACCCGGCAAUACAUACAUCAAGCCGAGAGGUACAACCCGCAAGAAUACAUUUCGGGAAUUCUGUGAUCCCAUACACGGCGAGAUCGGAGUGUUUUCGCAGAUAUCGGAUGUAGGUGGCCUCUGCGAUGGGGAAAAUACUCGAUUUGUUUUCCGGAAGCGCCUCAAAACUGAAGUUUGGGAUCGCCACCACCUUGGCAAAGGGGCGCACCGGGAGCGUUCCCGCCGCAUCCACGAUGACCUCCCCGGUGGGCAGCUUCACCACGCCUUUUUCGGACCCGCAGGAGACUUUCGUGAGAGCGCGUAA